UCAAUUUUCACUGGAAUAUCAGUGGCGAUUCGAAGAUUCUACUACGUUUUUACAGUAAGAUCAGAAUUAAAUAAAUUCUGCACCGUUACUCGUGAGUGAAGAGGAUAAACGAAAUUUUACACUUUUCUAGACUACUUGAUUAGUAGCUAUGAACGAUGCUCAAUAUGCCGCAGCAAAUCCCAUAUCUCCGGACUAUCAGAUGAACGCUGAUGAAUUGAAAAUAUUAGCCGAAUGUCGCUCCGAAAGCCGAAUGCGAGGAACUAUAACAGCAGUACUUAGUGGAGCAUUAGCUUACCAAUCUAUAAAAUCAUUCAACAUACCGGUACAUCCAAAAUGGGGAUGGUAUCCAAAAGUUGGAGCAAUGACUAUAUUCGGUUAUUUGAUUGGAAAGUUUUCUGCAAUUCCAGCUUGCACUGAGAAAUUCAAGAAAAGUCCAAACAGUCCACUAGGUGCAUAUUUAAAACAGAAGGAACUUGGUCAACGAGCUCAGUCACCUGGCUUUUCUAUGGAAUCAGCUAUGCCUGACCAGACGUUGGGUUUCCCCAGUUCUGUAGCCCCAAAGCGGGCAAACGAUGGACCAAUGAACUCUGCCAUCGAUAUCGAUGUGUACAGCUCACCAAUCAAUAUGGAUAGUUAUACUGGAGAUGAGCUCAAUGGUCCCGAAGCAAACGACCUAUUAGCAGAGCAAAGUCGGCUUGAACAAUCUUCGGUAUCUUAUGCCGAUUUAAGGCGUAAAAACCGAGAAGACUAUGUGUAUAAAGAAAGAGAACGAGAAAUGAAUGCUAGAACCGGAAAAAUCACCGUCGACGCCCCUGCGCCACCGUUAAACCGAAGGAUACCUAGUCAACCUUUGGGUCCUAUCGAAGAGAAAAAUAAGUAUGGAGAUGUUUGGGGUUAAACUUGAAAGCAAAAAAUACUUUUGUAUAGAAUUUUGCAUUAUAAGUAAUAUUUUAAGACUUGAAAUGGUUUUACUGUCUCUGGUUCAACAUUGCAACUGGGACUUGAGAUGAAGAAUUUGAAUUGAAUAUAAUAUACACACGAAAUUAUGUAAAGUUGACUAAUUUUCGUAGAAUGUAAAUAUACAUACGAAUGUAGUGAAUAAAUAUAUCGGAUACAUCCAA